AUGUUGCGACAGUCCAAUGCGCCAUGGGACGGCCAAUCUGGUUCCCAGAGGGCGAGCCACCCGGCUCUCGGGUACCUGAAGUUCUUCUGCUGCACACUGCCCGCUCGAGGCCUGCAAGCAGCCUUCACUUGGGAUCUAUCCCGCAAGUUUUGGUUCAGCUUCUUGACCGUCACGGUGGUCUGCGCCAAAUCCCUCCAUAUCUAUGCUCAUAGCGAUUCCGUCCCAACACGCAAACUGCUUCUCUGGGGCUCGACAUUCUUCGUCCAAGAUGCCUUGUUCUUGCUGGUGGCGUUUGCCCUCACGCGUACCUGGGAGCGGCGAUGGGUGCGUAUGCUCGGCGCGACAGCCGUGAUUCUUGCCAGUCUCAUCCUCUCUGGCAUGGCUGCCGCGAAUACCUCGUUCUUUUUCCUCACUGGCGCCGAGAUCCACUGGCGACAAGCUGGCGGCUUCAACAAGGACCCGGCCUCCAUCAACACCAUGCUCACCGGAUUGACUGGUCUUGUUAUCGUGGAGGUACUAUAUGUGAUAGCAGCUGCACUGGCCACCCCUUGGCUGUAUCGCGGCGUGGAAGGAAUCAUCGCAACCUGGGGAUCCGUCCUUCGGGCCAUGUUUAAGUCGGUGGUGCCGGUGGUCACGUCCCUGCUCAACCGAUUUGGCAAGGGCAGCAAGCUGGCCGCCAAGAUGAAUUCUCAAAUGAAGGCCUACGAGCCAGUGCCAUUGACCGAUUACGAUGAGGAAGACAAGGAUCAGCAGCAACACACAAGACGGUGGAAGAUUUGGUUGAAGCGGGCCCUCGUGAUUUUCCCAACUGCAUUCAUCUUCUUCCUGCGACUGCUUCGCCCCUCGAACGAAUCCUACUGGUUCUUGUCUCAGACCGUCAUCAUCACGCCCUUCACUGGUGUCGACUCGGAGACUAAGCUCGCCAAAUUGUUCAAAGACCACACUUUGGAUGGCAAGACCACUGCCCUGACGGCUGUUCCGGAAUUUGAUUGGUUCCCCGAGGGAACUUGGCCGGGAUUCCGGGACUGGGAAAAGACCCCCAGUGGACAAAACAUCCAUUCUCACUAUAAUUCGACCGAAGAUCCUCUUCACAUUUCCAACCUUCACAACGAUGUGAUUGAGCCUCUGCGUCAAGUGCUGAACGGCGGCGAUGUUAAAAUCAAGCAUAUCUUCCUAUUCAAGAUGGAGAGCACUCGGUACGAUGUUUUCCCGCUACGCAACAACUCCUACAUCUAUGAGCGUAUCAAGAAGUCAUUCAAGAACGAUAAGAUUCCCAAGGAUGUCGAACAGCGCCUGGCCAACCUAACUGUCACCGCUGAGCGCCUGACUGGGGCCCCAUCUGGAUUCAACCGAAACCACACUAUCAAACCCUACGGCGGUAUUCGCGCCGAAGACUCCUACACUGGCGGAACAUUCACCCUGAAGAGUAUCGAGGCGACUACCUGCGGUCUUUCACCCUUGGUGGUAGAUUUCAAUCACGAAUUCGAACACCACAUCUACCAGCCUUGCUUGCCGCAGGUCCUCGAUGUCCUGAGUGCCAAGACAAACAACAGCAAGAGCGACGACUUCACGAAUUGGCCCUGGCGCUCGGCGUUCAUGCAGUCCAUCACGGAUGCCUAUGACAAGCAGAACUUGCUCACCCCUGCUCUGGGAUACAAGCCCGAGAAUAUCGUCACCGUCGAAUCGAUCGAUGCGGAGCACGCGAAUGACACGACCUGGACCGAGGAAAAAUUCAACUUCUGGGGCUAUCCCGAUUCUGCGCUCGCCAGCUACUUCCGGAACGCUAUCACCAAGGCUGAGCGCGAUCAUGAACGUCUCUUCUUAACCCACUUGACUGGUGUUACCCACCAUCCUUGGGAUACCCCCGGUAAAAUCUACGAGGAUCUUAUUGGCUCCCAGACGAACGCCUUCGGUGGGAAGAAUGAUGGCUUGAAUCGCUACCUGAACACCAUCGGGGUCAACGACCGGUGGUACGAGACCUUCUUGAACAUCCUGGAGGAGACUGGUGUUGCCAACGAGACCCUGAUUGUCAUGACGGGUGACCACGGCCUGUCGCUCCUCGAGGACGGCAACGUGACUCCCUAUGAUAAUCCUCUCGUUACCAACUUCCACGUUCCUUUGGUCUUUGCCAACCCCAACAUCCCCCCGAUCCAAGUCAACUCCUCCGUCUCUUCCGUCCAGAUUCUGCCGACUAUCCUCGAUCUUCUCCGCACCUCGGGCUCCCUCGAUGAGGUUAGCACUCGCGCCGUUAACGACCUUCUUCCUCUGUACGAGGGACAGUCGAUCAUCCGCCCCAUCAUCACCCGCAACGACAAAACCGACUAUUACCACUUCACCGUCAUGAACACCGGUGGCUCCAUGGUGGCCAUGCGUUCCGCCGACAAGCCAUUCCGCUUGAUUGUCCCCCUCGUUCCGGAAGCCGAAUGGCGCUUUACAGACACCAAGAAGGAUCCCCGCGAGGAGAAGGCCAUUAAGUCGUUUGACCUUGGCCCUCUCCGGGACGCCGUCAAGUCGGAAUAUGGCGAAGAAGCCGCUGACUGGGUGCGGGAAGCCGCUCGUUCGGCCACCUGGUGGGUGACCGACAACUGGUACCGGUACGAGUUCAACCCCUCGGCACCGCAGAAGCCGCAUGAGUCGUGGCCUGGCGGUGUCGAUCCCAUGAAAAAUCACCACUAG